GCAUAUGUUUAUUCACUGCCGGGUUCCCGUGGAGGUCUAAGUGACAUGACGCAUUGCUCGACGAAUGCAAUUGGAGCUUUCUGAUGGAAUCUAACCAGGAGAUGCAGCUUUGCAGAACGUAACGAAACUCCUCGGAUAAAUCAUAUAUAUGAUAGCUGUUCUCGUUGUUUGGUGUCAGUGCUUCGGACUUGUACAUCCGGUUCUUCUAGUUUUCGCUUCGUCGCUGGCUGUAGUUGGGAUUAUGUGAAGGGGUUGGAAAUCCAGUUAGUGACUUUACAAACUCAUAAAUCGACUUGAGUGGACACCAUGGUUAAACUUCAAUAUAUAGGACGUUAUAUUAUCGAUGGCCGACCGUUAGGAAAGGGCAACUUUGCUAACGUAGAAUUAGCAACUCACGGUGUUACUCGAACCAAGGUUGCUAUAAAAAUUAUCGACACUAAGAAAAUUAAGGAAGAUUACGUGAGACAGAACUUAUAUCGUGAAGCCAGAAUCCUUGCCAAAGUACGUCACCCAAAUGUCAUACGGCUAUAUGAAACAAUUAAGUCAAGCACACUGUAUUGCCUGGUGACUGAAUAUGCUGGGGGAGGUCAAUUAUUGGAAUUUGUACGUAGUCAUCGAGAUGGUAGACUAAACGAAGAAGCAGCACGACCAUUUGUACGUCAGUUGAUAUCAGCAUUACAUCAUUUACAUGAACGCGGCAUAGUUCACAGAGACUUGAAAAUGGAAAACAUAAUACUGGAUCAAAAUAAGCGGAAUAUCAAGAUAGUGGACUUUGGUUUGAGUAAUACUUUUCAAUCCAAUGGACUAUUACAAACACAUUGUGGUUCACCUGAGUACGCAGCACCGGAAUUAUUUGUAAUGGGAACACAGUAUGCAUCUGAAGUGGACAUAUGGAGUCUGGGUAUUAAUAUGUAUGCCAUGGUAGUGGGAAAACUACCAUUUAUUACGCUAUAUACUGAACCACAUAGAAGACAAAAGUUAUUGCAACAGAUACAAUAUGGACUGACUACUAUUCAUCAAAAGGAUAUGGAACAUCUCACACCUGUUUGUCGUGAAUUACUACAUUCUUGUAUUGAACCUAAUCCCGACUUGAGAGCACCUCUGCUGGACAUAGAAGUUCAUGAUUGGGUUACAAAGAUGGGAUCAGAACAGUUUUGUCCAUAUCAACCGCCACCUAAAGACAAAGAAGCCAGAAAAAAGGUACAUAUUUCUACACAUAUUAUGGACUUAACAGAAUAG